AUGCCACUUGUAAAUAAGGUUGUAUACGAUUAUGUCUUAGAUGAAGUCUUAAAGAACGACACAAGGUUAGGUAUGCUAGAGGGUUUUAUUACACAAGAUGGCCUUAAUAGUGCACCAAAUCUACAAGCAUUUUUAAACAAUAUCAUUCAGCCAGUUAGGAACAGAAUACAUCGGCUCCCACUUUCAAGAGAAGAAGUGAUCGAAAACCCGUUCAUUGAGAAUGCACAGCCAACCCGAGCAGAAGAACCACUGGAACAACCAACAGAGCAACCACCAGCUCAAACUGUCGAGUUAGUUUAUCCUCAGACACAAACGCGACAAUCCCAGAGGCCUCACCUGUUUUCUCUUUUUCCAAAUCCUAGUCUUAAAUGGCAAUUCAUAAAAAAUGAUGGUCAAAAUUUGUCAACUCUUUUCCCUGAUACACGGCUCCAAAAAGAAGAAAACGAAACAAAUUUCGCACUCGCUACAUGUUGUUUUUUCAAUUCUUUUGAUUUUACCAAGCUGGAAAUCAGAAAAAAUUCUUUCGCAAGGAGUGUCCCAGAAACUCUUGAAGAAGAUAAAGUCAAUCUUGAAAUCGCUGAUUUCAACGCAGAUAAAGUUGAAAACUUUUUCCGUCCUUGUUUUCUAGAUCCCGGCCGUAAGAAUGCAUACGUAGCAUAUUAUGGAGAUGAACGGGUCAGGUCUCUGACAGUGAAUGAAUACUAUUACUCUUCUGGAUCUGUAAAUCGAGCAAGAAAACAAGAUGCCUUCAAAAUCGAACAAGGCAUAAAAAAUCUGGAGACUCAAAUCCCGAUGACUAAAACUUCUUCUGCUGAUUCCUAUAUCAACCAUCUAACAUAUGUACUGACUCAUUUGGGUCGUUUUUUUGACUUCUAUGACUUCAGAACAGCUUCGAAUAAAUAG